AUGGAUGACUCCGCCCAACCUGCCGACUCCCCGGCGCCCAGUCCCGCCAAGGGCAAGCCCGUUGCCCCUAAGAAGACCACGGGAAGAGGCAUCAGUAAGAAGACCGCACGGAGGGCAGCCGCCGCCAAUGCCAGACGAGGUGCUGGCCGUGGCAGAGGAGGCGGCCCCGGACGAGGCCGAAACAAAACUUACGACAGCCACCGUGUUCAGGCUGCCUACGAACGCCAGAAGGAACUCCGCGAAUUGUAUUCAGAGGUCGCCGGCGCUGCCAAGCCCGCUCUCGAAGAUUUGGCUGAUCUCACAGUUAAGAAGCUGCUCGAGAACCCCAAUGCCCACGAGGAGGUCCUCGAAUAUCAGAUUUUGCAGCAGCAAUUGGAUGACCAACUCGCCGCCGUCAUCCGCAGCGCAGAUCAAGAGUUCAACACCAGGACCGCCAUUACGACCCGCCAGUACGAGCUCAACACCGCCGUCAGCGAGAAGAAAUUUCUUGACUCUUACAAUUAUUCGACUGAAGAAUUUUACGAUGCUUCCCUCAACCGCACUAGUAUUCUGGAGGAACUCAGGAAUGAAGGCUGCGGUGUGGAUAUCGUCGAUAAGUCAUACACCUACGUACAGGAAUCGGAUGAUAUCGUCUUCGACCAAGGACCCUACGUCUAUCUUCGUGGGGAUGGACUCAAGAUUCCUUUUCCUAGUCUGUUGAAGGACGAAGAGAAAGAAGAAGUCAAGAAAGCGGUCAUCAAGCCUCAGUCGCACCCUCAGCCACAGCCGAAGAAGGCAAAGCCUGCUCCCAAACGGAAAGCAGAGGGCCCGCCUGAAAGUCAGCCGGACUCGAAGAAGCCAGCUGCAGCUGUUCCUGGAUCGAGCAAGUUGACAAGUGGCGAGGACGCCUCAACUCCCCGACCACGGCACAUCGGAGGUCUGCUGUCAGCCGAGAACGAGCCCGAUGCCGAACCAGAGUCCAAUGCACCUUCGCCUACGCCUAACAACGACGGGCAGUCUCCUGGUUUAGAGCCAAAGGCCGACCCAGCUGUGAAAAGGAAAGACGUGCCUGAUCUCCCCAGUGGAGCAGCUGAGCCUGAUGCUUGGGAUGUCAGGACUGUCAAUAGACGUGGACCUCGAGCAAACAACCGUAUCAUCAUUCCGCCGCCGUUCGAGUGGGAUGAUGACGAGAUUGGGUUCCGGGACUCAACCAACGACUCAACUCGGAAGGCUACACGAGGAACAAGAGGGGUCUACCUUAACAAGCCAAAUUCUCGCUAUCAUCACUUGGACCGUACCAUAGUGACGUACGACUGUCUCGAGUAUGGGGACGGGGAUCUGGAUGCAACGCUUGUGGAGAAGCACAACCUCCAUCCAAAGUAUGGCUUGUUCAUGCCAGACUCGGUCAAUGAUUCAGAGCCACCUGGAGAGCACGUCAACAGUACUAAACCUGUUGUCGUCAUCACCCCCAACGGAACUACCCUCCAUGCGUCCCGCUCAGUCAAAGCGAUGAAAAUGGACCGCGCGUUACAGGAAGAGGCUACAAGGGCAAAACUAUCAUCUAUGCUGAGUCAGUUCUGCAAGGAGACAGACAUAGAUCCAGACGAGAUUACCACGAAUAAAAUCCGCGAACGCAAACGCCAAGCCAUUGAGAGACUGGUUAGUACCGCGGUCUCUGACGAGGAUGAAGAUGUUGCAGGCGGUGAGCACAGCCGUAGCACAGAUGCCACGGCGGUCGAUGAUUCCGUCGCCAGGGCAAGCACCAACCAACUUCUCAGUGCCGCGGCAUACCUGGACGCCGAGCAGCCACUCUCGCAACUUGGCAAUCAGCGGUCUUCCCGGCCGUACGACGCAGUUCGAGACGUCUUCACCAGUUCCGAGCCAGUGCCUCCUCCGCCUACGCAGCCUUUGGAGGUUGAUACCAUCGGGCUCUCUUACCUUGCGGACGUGGCUGAACAUGUGGCACAACAGCCCGAACACCAUCAGCCUGGACAUCAUCAGCCUGGGCACCACCAGCCCGGACACCAACAGGUUGGACACCACCAGCCUGAGCAGCAUCAUGAACUACAGUUUGUGCAUCAUACGGCGCCGAUGUAUGACCAUCGGUUGGAUGGAGCAUCAGAGCAGAUGGAUAUGCCCGUGAUUGGGGACUCCUCGAUGAUCGAUCCUCGUCUUCUUGGUGUGCCCAUCCAGGCGUCUGCGCCGUCAAACGCCUUCCUGAAGACAGCAUUGAACCCAGCCCCUGCGUUUGCCCACAUCGCACCGGCGCCUGUUGGAGCGUUGGAGGCGCCACCCCAACCCUCUACUGGCAGAAUCCCUUUCACGACCCAGGGUUCUUCCAGGGGAAGUCCUGUUCUUCCACCUCUUCGCCCCACACGACGAGAUCAUGGUCCAGACGCUUCGCAACCUCCUCAGGCGCAACCCCAACCACAACCUCAAGAAUUCGGGUCUCCCCAUAUGAUGGUCCACACCAAUUCGGGCAACUUCUAUCCUCCGGCUCCUCCUCGGCCCUUCCACCAGAGCUACUCCAUUCACGAGCAUCAUCCUCUGAUGCUCAUGCCAAUGCCCAUGUCGAUGCAGCAGCAAGGUCCCCCAAUGGCCAGUGCUAGUAUGCUACCUAAUCAGGGUCUGCCUCCUCCGCCACCCCACUACGGAGGCUCAUACCAGGUGAUGACUCUGUCUCCUCCUAUGCAUAGCCAUGCACAAUUGGCGAAUAUGCCUGGGCACAUAGCAGCCGCACCCCCUGUGUCUCCUCCAGGCCCGCCGAUGGGCGUUCCAUUAUCCCCGGCCCAUGCCACUCGCCACAGAGCUUCCAUACCUUCAAGCAGCAGCGCCGCUAAAAAGUACCGAAGCAUUGCUGCCGCGCCCAUCCCUCACAACCAGCCUUGGCAAGGGAGCGGGGGCCGCCCUGCACUUCGUCUCGCUCAUUAUGACCACAAGGAGGCCAUUAAAGACUACCCAGCGAGUGAGCCCCCUCCACGCUCCGGACCCACCCAAAUCAGAGGCUGGAGCAUCAACAACGCACCCAGAGGUCGAAACAAAGGUUACCGAAAAGAGGACACUGAGGAGAAAGACUCUCCCAACAUCACUUCAUACAUCAACAAGUGGAACCCAUCAGACAAGAGUCUAGGUUAG